AUGUGUAAUGUGUCCAACCCAAGGUGUGUUUACCUUGACGACGCUAGUCCCAACCACAGCCCUAAAUUUAAGAAAUCGAUACCCAAUGGUUCGAUCAGGGACUCGAACGGGAGUUUUAAAAGUGACACGUCACAUCCGGUCUCUUCUAACGGAAGUGUUAAAGACGGUAAAAGCGCGAAGACAACGGAUAAGGAGAGCUUGAAGAGUAAAAAAUCCGUACGGAAAAAUCCGCUGCAGCUGUUGAAAAAGUUGACCAAGUUUGAUAAACCGAAACAAAAACCAGACUACAGGUCCGAGUUCUCUGCCGUCGUGGUGGACAAGCUACCUCAGGUGUUUGUGGUCAAGUACCUGGGUCACCGUGUGGUGACUGGUGUGUGUGGCCUGCACCACGUGAGGAAACCGGUGGACGAGAUGGUGGCGGCGGUGAGGUCAAAGGUUGACGACAAGGCCAAGGUGGAGCUCCCGCUUCUCUACGUCGUGGUCAGCCCCAAAGGCCUUGACCUUCGCGAGCACAAGAGCAACAAGGUCCAGGGCGCAGCUCCCCUGGGGCUGAUGCCGAUCGACUUCAUCUCCUACGGCGUGCAGGACAUCAAGUACUGGCGUGUCUUCACCUGCAUCGUCGUCCGCGAGCUGUCGUCACGGUCACGCUCUGCCACCUGCCACGCCUUCCUCUGUGACUCCUCCCACAACGGCCGCAAGAUGGCGCUGUCCCUGGGUGCGGCGUUUAACUUGUACUCCAAGCAGCUGAGAGUGGACGGGAAGCCGCAUAACUUCCAGAUAGAGUUGCGUCCCCCUGAUGAGCUGGCUGAUACGCUGAAUGCGGAUUGUGAGGCGUAG